AUAACCUGGCAAGGCUCAAACCCAUCUCUCCCUUCACUCCUCCUCAACUCCCAUCUCGACUCGGUCCCAGCCGAACCUUCCAAAUGGACCCAUCCUCCUUUCUCAGCCACGCUAACCCCAGAAGGAAAAAUAUUUGCACGCGGAGCUCAAGACGACAAGUGCAUAGCAAUUCAGUACUUAGAAGCAAUCCGCAACUUAAAAGCAAGAAACUUUGUCCCGACAAGGACAGUACACAUUUCUUUUGUUCCUGAUGAGGAGAUUGGUGGGAUUGACGGGGCUGAUAAGUUUGUCAAGUCUAAAGAGUUUAAAGAUUUGGAUGUUGGGUUUGUUUUGGAUGAAGGGCUGGCUUCAGUUAACGAUGAAUUUAGAGUUUUUUAUGCUGACAGGUCCCCUUGGAAUUUGAUUAUUAAGGCUAAAGGAGUGCCUGGGCACGGGUCGAGAAUGUAUGAUAACGGAGCUAUGGAGAAUUUGAUGAAUAGUAUCGAGGUUAUCAACAGGUUUAGAGAUAGUCAGUUUGAUAUUGUUAAGGCUGGA